AUGAUCGGAAGGGCGGUCACUCCGCGAUCGUCUCCCGCAGUCACCGCGGCCUUCGUCGUUGCCGCCGCGGCUCUGCUGAUUGCGUGCUCGGCGCCGCUUCCGGCGGCGGCGCAGGCGGACGGUGAGUGCUGGCCCGGGAACGUGCCGUGCCCGGGCGGGACGGGGUGCGUGCGAGCGGACAAGCUGUGCGACGGCGUGUUCGACUGCGACGACGGCAGCGACGACGGCUACGACUUCUGCCUCUCCUACGACUGCAGCAGCGUCGGCAAGACGUGGUGCCGCGAGGGCUAUCAGUGCCGUGCGCUCAACUCAUUCUGCGACCUCAACUACGACUGCACGGACGGCAGCGAUGAGGAGCCCGAACGGUGCUACCACAUCUACAGAAGCAAGGACCUGUGCAAGCCCAAGGGGCUGCCCAAGGACCUGAGCAAGCCCAAGGACCUGAGCAAGCCCAAGGGGCUGGUGAGUUCUCGUUGCCGCAAGGGCUGGUGCCCGACCCCGGGACUCCUCCAUCCGCCCUUCCUUGGCGUGCGGCAGCUUCUCGCCGUGCAAUGUCCCAACGACCCUGGGUACUGCAUCGGCCCUCAGGAGGUGUGCGACAGCAUCCCGCAGUGCUCCGAUGGGUGGGACGAGCUCAACUGCUUCAACCACACGUGCCAGCCCGGCCAGAUCCACUGCCCUCUCACCAGCUACUGUGCCCAGGGGCGCCUCUGUGACGGCAAGCCGGAUUGCUGGGGAGAGAUGGGUGUGGAGGACGAGAAUCAAGAGUUCUGUAAAGGGUAUGAGUGUCCGGAGGGGUGGAGGAAGUGUGCGGAUGGGUUGCAGUGUGCGGAAGCCAGUCGGUGGUGCGAUGGCGCUGUGAAUUGUUUGGAUGGGAGCGAUGAAGGGGCGGUUUGUGUUGUGCCUCCUCCUCCUCCGCCUGCUACUGGAGGAUAUGGGACCAGCUCGGGUGGUUCUUCAGGUGGUUCAUCAGGUGCUUCCAACAGCAGCAGCGUCCCGGUGGUUCUGAGCAAGGAGGAGAUUGCGAAGCUGAAGAAGCUGGCUCAGGAGAAAAAGGCGGCAGCCGUGGCUGCCAAGAAGCAGAAGAUGGAAGCCAAGCGGGCGGCAGAAGAGGAGAAGACGAAGCAGCGGGCGGCAAAGAACGCGGCGAUUGAGGCGAAGAUCCGAGCGAAGGAGGAGAAAGCGGCUGCUGUUGCUGCGAAGAAGGCGGCUGUUGAAGCCAAGAAGAAGCAGCAGGCUGACAAGGAAGCUGCGAUUGCUGAGAAGAAGCGGAAGCAGGCUGAGAAGGCUGCUGCAAUCGAGGCUGAGAAGAAAAAGGAAGCUGAAAAGAAGGCGGCUAUUGAGGCUAAGAAGAAACAGCAGGCAGAGAAGGAGGCUGCUAUUGCUGAGAAGAAGAGGAAGCAGGCUGAGAAGGCCGCUGCUAUUGAGGCGAAGAAGAAGAAACAGGCUGAAAAGGCAGCAGCGGUAGCAGCCAAGAACAAGGCUACCACCAAGUAA